CUACCUACACCAUACCAAUGAAAUGAAACAAAAAUGACUUUCUUGGCGUACAAAAAGUGAACACGAAAUUAAAAAAUUAUAUACUAUUUUCUCGAAAAUAACCAUGGCGGCACGUGGGGAAAGAGGUGUUAGAAGAGUGCUGGAUAAACUAGCAGCAUCCGUAAAUUCUGGUCAAUACUAUGAAGCUCAUCAAAUGUAUAGGACGCUUUAUUUCAGGUACCUAAGUCAGAAAAAAUACGCGGAUCUAUUAAACUUGCUUCAUGAAGGUGCGACAUUACUCUUGCAACGUGACCAGCAAGGUAGCGGUGCAGACCUAGCAAUAUUGCUUUUGGACGUUUUGACUAAAUCAGAAACACAGCCGUGUGAAGAAUGGAUUGAGAAAGUAGCUAAUAUAUUUGAAUUGAUGAGUCCAACCAUCCCGGAGCGAGAAACAUUCUUGACUAAUGCAGUGAAGUGGUCAAUGGACAGCAAUAAAAAGGGCCAUCCAUUACUACACAAGAAAAUUGCUGAAGUGUAUUGGAGAGAGAAGAAAUACACUGCUGCACACAGGCAUUUCCUACACUCCAGCGAUGGAUCGGCAUAUGCAACCAUGCUCAUUGAGCUGCAUACUACCAAAGGCCUUAAGUCAGAAAUAGACUUGUUUAUAGCACAAGCAGUGUUGCAGUUUCUCUCUCUACGGAACAUACAAAUGGCAACUGAGACAUUCAACAAAUACACUGGAUCACACCCGACCAUAAAGAAUGACAGAGGCCCACCAUAUUUAUUUCCUUUACUCAAUUUUCUUUGGUUUCUUCUACGUGCAAUUGAACAGAAACAUGCAAUUCAGUUUAAGAUAUUAAGGAACUGGUAUGCAAUUAGUAUAAAGCGUGAUCCAAACUAUUCAGUGUAUUUGGAUAAUAUUGGACGCAUCUGGUUUGGAAUAGAGAUUCCCCAUGACCCUAAAAACGCCAACUCAAUGUUUGGUGGGCUCCUAAAAUCAAUUAUUGGUGAAGUGGCAGACAGUUCUGAUGAAGAAGAGUACAUGGGCCACAACGCUUCAGCUCCGGACCUAGAUUGAAAAAAAUGUAUGACAAAUAGCAGGAUAGGAUUAUGUUUGUAUAAAUAACAUAUCAGCUUAAGCUGUGUCCAUAAUAAUUGAAAAAUCUAUUUAUAUUACAACCAUGUAAUAAGUAGGUACUUACAUUCAUAUAAGGAAAUCAGUACCUUUCACUUAAACAGUCUAGCCUGACAAUCUACAUUAUGGCGAAAAAUUAAAUGAAUUAUUUGAUGUAGACAGUUUCAAUGAAUUCAAGACUCUUCCAUUAACAUCAUUAUAAUUCAAUGUUUUACGAUGUUAUAUUCAGGGAUCGGAAUCGGUUUUUUGGAAAAACUUCGAAAUAACCAGAUAUUUAGUAUUACUUUAUACCCGAAAUGUAGGACUCAGUUGUGCUUUUAGGUAACGACUUCGUAUUGUUAGAUUGCCCAAUUAGAAAUGAAAUAAUUAACAAAGAACGAGAAAAUACCGUUUUCGUUCCCAUACAAAAAAUACCGGUAUCCGAUCCCUGGUUAUAUUACUGAUAUAUUUCCUGUAACCAAUUGAUUUCUAUUUACAAUAGUGUGGGUACUACUAAGUUAUAGUCACUACAUUCGGAAAUUUGUAAUUAUUGUUAGCAAAUAGGGUGGACAGAAUAAUAAAACGUAUUAAUUUGAA